CACUUAAAAACGCGUUAACACAUCCUCUCUAUACUGUCAAGUGGCAUGAACCCGUAAAUACUCCAAACUCCUAGUGGCAAAUUCAACAACUCUUUCUCUUUUUAAACCAUUUCUUUCUCUGUCUUCAAUAAAACUUUUCAAACCUCUCCCCAAAAAAAUCAAAACUCAGAGAGAAAAAAGAAAGAAAGAAACAAUGAGAGGACUCUCCACAAAAUCCGUUCUAAUAAUCACCGCAAUCCUCGCCGUCCACUUCUUAUUACUCACCGCCGUAACCUCCCAAUCCGCCGUCGAUUUCAUGAUGCCGAUCGAGUCGGGAUGCACCGGUUCAAUCGCCGAGUGCUCUUUGUCGGUGGAGGAGUUCGAGAUGGACUCAGAGAUCAGCAGGCGUAUAUUAGCGACGACCAAGUACAUAAGCUACGGUGCGCUGAGGAGGAACACGGUACCAUGCUCGAGACGCGGCGCAUCUUACUACAAUUGCCGACGUGGAGCUCAGGCUAAUCCUUACUCUCGUGGUUGUAGUGCCAUUACUCGUUGCAGACGAUGAUUUGCUUUACUUACUCUCUCUUAUGUACUUUAAAUAUUUUCGAUUCCUCAAAAUUCUUUUGUUUUUAAUUUUUAUACAAUUUUUCUAAGGUUAUUAUUAUUAUUAUUAUUUUUACUUGAUAUCUUUUUCCAUUGCGAUAUAAUUUUUGAUAUAGUGAACAGAAAUAUGUACAUUUCUGAUUAAUAUAUCAAUAAUUAUUCAGUAAUGGUUAAGGUGUAGUGAAAAAUGAUAUAUAUAUAUAUAUGGUUCCUUUUUUUGCA